CACGGACACUUGUGGGCCGCACAGGCGGGUUAACCGCAGAGCCGCAGCCGUCCAAAAUAUUAGCACCCACCCAUACCUCUGCUCUUUGAUUUUAUUAUGCUGUUGUAUGAAAGAUUGAAAGACUUCUCAUCUUCUGGUUUUGAAUCCUGACUUUUUCAUGCUCGAUGGCGUUUAAUGGUUGCUUUAGUUUGAAGUAUCCUGGCAACCCCCGGCCAGGGGACUUGAUUGAAGUGUUUCGUCCUGGCUAUCAGCACUGGGCCCUGUACUUGGGUGAUGGUUAUGUGAUCAACAUAGCACCUCUAGGGGAUGGCAUUCCUGCAUCAUUUACAAGCGCCAAGUCUGUAUUCAGCAGAAAGGCCCUGGUAAAGAUGCAGCUCUUGAAGGAUGUUGUGGGAAAGGACACAUAUAGAAUAAACAAUAAAUAUGAUGAAACGCACCCUCCGCUCCCCAUGGAUGAAGUCAUGCAACGGUCAGAGUUUGUUAUUGGACAGGAGGUGGAGUAUGAUGUGCUGGUCAACAACUGCGAGCAUUUCGUGACUUUGCUUCGCUAUGGAGAAGGCGUUUCGGAGCAGGCCAACAGAGCAAUAAGCACCAUUGGGUUUGUCACAGCCGCUGCUGGUGCCUUCUCGUUCCUGGGCCUGUUUUCAAAAAGACAAAGAGCAAAAUACUAUUAACAAUUUACUGAAGAGAUAUUGGAACUGAAGACAUUUGUGAGGAGGGAAAAGAAAUCGCUGGGAUAAAUACUUAUUUUCAAUGCAUCAUUAUUGUUUCAAACUCCAGUGAUGGAUGGCCGGCUCUUUAAUAAAUUGCUUACUGAUAUUAUCUCA